CGUCAAGGCAACAGCGGAGCAGCCGGGAGAGUUUCGGCCGACAUGUCGCUGCGAACGCUGCCCCUGCUCUUCAUUAACCUCGGCGGAGAGAUGCUGUACAUCCUCGAUCAGCGGCUCCGGGCCCAGAACAUCCCGAGCGAUAAGGCCAAGAAAGGACAAUAAAACCCUACCAGCGACUAGCAUUUCCACCUCUAAACCCCAAGUGCAGUAAUGAAUGACAUUGUCAGUACGAUGUUUAAUAAGAAAUUCAUGGAGGAACUAUUCAAACCUCAAGAGCUGUAUUCUAAGAAAGCCCUCAGAACUGUGUUUGAUCGACUGGCUCAUGCUUCCAUUAUGAGACUGAAUCAGGCUAGCAUGGAUAAGCUCUAUGACUUGAUGACAAUGGCAUUCAAGUACCAAGUACUCCUCUGUCCAAGGCCAAAAGACCUACUGUUGGUCACAUUGAAUCAUAUGGAUGCAGUCAAGGAAUUUGUACAUGAUUCUCCAAGCAUUUUAAACCAAGUAGAUGAGACAUUCCGACAACUGAUUGAGUCAUACAGCUGCCUACCUGUUGGAGAGUUUCAGCUCAUCAGGCAAACCCUGCUCAUCUUCUUUCAGGAUUUGCAUAUUAGGGUCUCCAUCUUUCUGAAGGAUAAAGUUCAGAAUUCUAAUGGUCGAUUUGUGCUGCCUGUUUCUGGUCCUGUACCUUGGGGAACAGAGGUUCCUGGGCUGAUAAGAAUGUUCAACCAUCAUGGAGAAGAGGUGAAGCAAGUAAAGUUCCCAGCCUUUGGCAAUUAUACCAGUGCAUUGGCAGAAGGAUCCCUAAACCUCUUUGGUGACCGAGUCAUUAAGCUUGGCACCAACAUGUACAGUGUUUCUCGGCCUGUGGAAACCCACAUGAUGGGGACAAUGAAGAACUCAGCUGUCCGAACGAAGGAGGAUGCUGCGCCUAAUCCACUGGCAAAGGAGGAGCUAAAUCUUCUUGCACGGCUAAUGGGAGGUCUUGAUGUUAAGAAACCUUUGGGCAGUGAAUCAGGAUUUCGCCUAAAUCUGUUUGGCACAGACGAGGAGGAAGACCACACAGCAACUAUAAGGCCUCCAGAACUUUCUGAAGUUGUCAACAUACAGGCUAUCAAGGACCAACAACAACAUGAAGAGUUGGUUCGAAUUAUGGGCGAGUUCUGUGAGCAGGAGCAGCAGCCCAGACAGAGCUGCAGCAAAGGAGAUGACCUUCUGGCUAUGAUGGACAACUUGUGACCUCCUAAUGAGCAUCUAUAACAUUGCAGGCUCUUCCCUGUGACUUCUCAUCAGCACAACAUCCAGCUCUGGCUCAUUGGCUUUUAAGACAGAAUAUUAUUUUUAUUAAUGGCUCACUUGAUUUCUGUAUCAAGAGAUGAAUCUGUAUCUGUUCUGUACAGUUUUGUGCACCUUUGGACAGUUUCAUCUACUUACAUUCACUGUGUAUAUAGUAAAUAUUAAUGAGCCUGAUUGUAAUCAUACUCGCCAAUGUCUUUGACCCUCGGAACCCGGACUGAGGAUGGUAAAGCAAUGGGGAAAGGUUCACAAAGUGAAGUGGCAAGGUGGAGAUAAAUGAUUUGACUUAGUUUCGAAUUUCACAAGAGACACCUGUGUUUGUUCUAGAGUCCACAGAUGUGCAAUUCAAGUUGUACUCACUCAUGGCUGGUCCUGCGGUGGAUUAAAUAUCCAUUUUGGGGGGAAUGGCUGGAGCAGCAUUAGAACUGAGAGGGAUGGAUGGCUGGCCAGUAUGUCAUGCCAUUGAAACCAGUCACUGUUGGUUAUAGUGUGAUCAGCUUGGCAUCAGGGUGUGUGUGGUACUAGCAUCACAGUAUUUCAUGCAAUAGAACCAUAAUACACUGAAAUUGUUUCUGACUGUGGGGUCUUUGUGUGUGGCAGAGAGAUCACUGGGUCAUACUGUGAAAAUGUACAAGUGAUUAUAUGAAAAUACUAGCAUUUUUCUUGAAUAACUCUGAUUUGUAAAACAUUGAUUCUAUUCAAAAUGUUCAAAGGCAGAGAUUUCUGACUCUGCAUCUUUAAUUUCUGAAGCCCAGUUAUUAAUAUUAAAUGUUUUUAAAAUUGCUUUAAACAAUAACAACUUUAUUAAAUAAUUACAUACAAACUGAGUGAAAGCU